AUGUCUAGCUUUGCAAAUUUAUGCAAUCCCACCUAUCACCUCAAUAUUGCCCACUGUUUGCUCCUUUUGCUUUUGGCCUCUUCAUAUCUACACACUCCUAGAGUCUGUCUUGGUGAUGCACUUCCAACUGCCAAAUGCAUCGACCAAGAGAGACGUGCGCUUCUCGCCUUCAAAGAAGAUCUCACUGAUCAUUCCGGCAGGCUUUCUUCUUGGGUCGGUCGCGAUUGCUGCCAAUGGAAAGGAAUUUCGUGUAACAACAACACAGGUCAUGUCGAAAAGAUGAGUCUCCAGAAUCCAUACAUAUAUACACUAUCGGUCUUUGAUGCAGCGCAAGAUGAGAUGGAGUACUCAUCGUUGGGUGGUAAGAUAAAUCCUUCUUUGCUUAGCUUGAAGCAUUUGAAUUACUUAGAUCUAAGCCGGAAUGAUUUUCGAGGGAUUCACAUUCCCGAAUUCUUUGGCCAGCUAAAAAAUUUGAGGUAUCUCAAUCUCUCCUCAGCUUCAUUUGGAGGAGAGAUUCCACCUCAUCUUGGUAACUUGUCAAAUUUGAACUAUCUUGACCUCAGUGAAGAGUCUGACUACUCCUUACUUGAACUACCUUCCGAAAACUUGAAUUGGCUUUCUCGUCUCUAUUCCCUAAAAUACCUCAACCUUGAAGGGUUGGACCUUAGCAACACAAGUUGGCUACAUAAUGUUAACAUGCUUCCCUCCCUACUUGAAUUACACUUACCAUCAUGCCAAAUCGAAAGCCUUCCACUCUCACUCAAAAACAUUAGCCUCAAAUCACUUUUGGUCCUUGAUAUGUCGUAUAAUGAUUUGAAGUUUCCAUUUCCUGAUUGGUUUUUCAGUCUUGGUAGCCUCACAAAACUUGAUUUAAGUGGGAACUCGUUGAUUGGUCCCUUUCCCAUUGAACUUGAGAGCCUCAAAUCACUUGAACACCUUCAUUUAUCUUUCAAUGAACUUGAAGGUCGAAUUCCCAUGCUUGAAAAUCUUUGCAGUCUAAAGACCUUAAAUCUUGCCGGCAACAAAUUUGAUGGGGGGAUUCAAGAGCUGUUCGACGGAUUAUCAAGUUGUCCCAAUAGCAAACUCGAGUCGCUAGAUUUGUCUUCUAAUAUGCUGCAAAGCAAUUUGCCGGCGUCUUUGGGGAUGCUACGCAAUUUGAAGUAUCUCAGCCUCUACAACAAUCUUAUGAAUGGGUCUAUUCCUGAAAGUUUAGGGCAACUCCCUGAGUUAGUUCAUCUCGAUCUGUCAUUCAACCCGUGGGUAAGCAUUUUAACUGAAUCCCAUUUCAUGAACCUCACAAAAUUGAAAUACUUUGCAUUAGGCAGAGUGGAUCCAUACCCAACUCUACCUAUUCACCUCAGUUUCAAUGUGUCUUAUAAUUGGGUACCUCCUUUCAUGCUUCACACACUCAACAUUGGGUACUGUAAAGUAGGUCCAGCCUUUGGGGUAUGGCUUCAAUCUCAAACUGAACUAGUCUUUGUCAAACUUAAGGGUACUGGGAUCUCCGAUUCUAUACCAAAGCACUGGUUCUUGAAACUAUCUUCCAAGGUCGAAUAUUUGGAUUUAUCUUACAACCAAAUCACUGGAAACCUUCCAUUGGAAUUGAAUUUUCGGAAUACUCUAAUUUUGGAUGUGAGUAACAAUCGAAUUGAUGGGCCAUUCCCACUUUGGUCUGGUAACCACGUGAUCCGCCUUGAGCUUAAAAUGAAUUCAUUUUUCGGGCACAUUCCUUCAAAUUUGGACGAAAGGUUUCCAAAACUGGUGGCAUUGUAUCUCGCGGAGAAUCGCUUGAAUGGUACUAUUCCAAGCUCCAUUUGCAACAUGCAAAACUUGCUAGUCCUUUCGCUGAGAAACAAUGAGUUAUCAGGAGAAUUUCCUCAAACAUGGAGUCAGUUGCAUGAGAUCUUGGUCAUAGAUGCUGCACACAACAAUCUCUCAGGCAAACUUCCUAGUUCGAUUGGUGUCCCGGGCGCUCUUUUCGGGUUGAAGCUGAACAACAACAACUUCGAUGGUGAAAUUCCUCUUUCCUUGCAAAAUUGCACUUCUCUGAGCGGAGAAGUCCCCCAACAGUUGUGCAAUCUUGGCUACCUUCAUAUCCUAGACCUUGCACACAACAACUUUUCAGGGACUAUUCCUAAGUGCUUGAAUAAACUGAGUGCUCUGACGCAUGGAAAUUUCAGUGCUUAUGACUUGUAUGCUUAUUAUGACCAAGAAACAUCAGUGGUGAAAGUAAGACAACUCGACUAUCAGCCGCAGACUAUAAUGUUCGUAAGAAGCAUUGAUCUUUCAUCGAAUAACCUCGAGGGUGAAAUCCCUGAAGAAAUAUCCAGCCUCGCUCAACUGCAUAACUUGAACUUGUCGAUGAACCAAUUGAGAGGAAGCAUUCCAUCAAAUAUUGGGAACUUGCAGUUGCUCGAAGCUCUUGAUCUUUCGAUCAACCACCUUUCAGGAGAGAUUCCUCAAAGUAUUUCACUUCCGACGUUCUUGUCUCACUUGAACUUGUCUUAUAACAACUUGACUGGUAGAAUUCCUUUGGGCAGCCAGCUUCAGACACUCACGGAUCCAUCCAUUUACGAGGGUAACCCGUCGCUGUGUGGGGUUCCUCUUUCAACCAAGUGUCCCGGAGAUGAUCACACUCCUACAAAAGACAAUGAUCAUGAAGAUGGAAAUGAUAAGUUUUGGUUCUACAUUAGCAUGGCACUUGGAUUUAUCGUAGGUUUUUGGGGUGUCUGUGGCACAUUAGUUGUCAAGAAGACAUGGAGGUAUGCUUAUUUUGGAUGGUUCGAUGCCAUUAAAGAUAAGGUACUGCUAGCAAUUGCAGUGCAAAUGGCUCGUUUUCAAAGGAAGUUUUGAUUAGAGUAGAAAUAUGAAUGUUGUUCUUGAACUCCGAAAAUUUUAAAUAACUACAAAAUACAUGUACUGUGUGAUUUUUAUUUUUUGUUCUUCCUUGUGUUGGAAUUUACGAAUGUACUUGCACUGGAUGUUUGAUGAAUAAGUCUGGAAUAUUGCUAGUAUUAAAAAAACAUAUGAUCCUCAA